CUGAAAAAAAGCUACUUCUUCAGGCUCCACCUUCAGAGACUCACUUCAUUGGAAGAAAGUUAGGUACCAGUCUGCUGGAAAUUUCAUACCUAUCCCAGCUGCAUUCAGAGCACUUGCAAUCAGCUGGAAGUUUUCUGUUGCUGUAAGCAAAAAUGCCAGCAAGAUCCACUGCUCAGCUGGCAUGGCUCUGCAUUGUCACUGUGUCUGUGGCAAUCUAUCCAGCACUGCUGCAGAAGCCUCCUAAAAGGAGAACAAUCAACGGGAAUGCACAGUCCAAGAUGACAGGCUGCUGCGAUGAGAUUAAAGAGCUCAAGUUGCAAGUAGCCAACCUGAGCAGAAUACUGCAGGACCUGAGCAAGAAGCAGGAAGGUGACUGGAUGAACGUGGUCAUGCAGGUGAUGGAGCUGGAAGGGAACACCAAGCAGAUGGAGUCUCGCCUCAUUGAUGCUGAGAGCAAGUACUCCGAAAUGAACAACCAGAUAGAUAUCAUGCAACUCCAGGCAGCUCAGACGGUCACACAAACAUCAGCUGUAGAUGCUGUCUAUGACUGCUCAUCCCUUUACCAGAGGAACUACCGAAUCUCUGGCGUUUACAAGCUACCUCCUGAUGAAUUUUUAGGGAGCCCUGAUUUGGAGGUGUUCUGUGACAUGGAGACAGAUGGAGGUGGCUGGACUAUCAUCCAAAGACGUAAAGUUGGUUUGAUAUCUUUCAAUAGGGACUGGAAACAAUACAGGGAAGGAUUUGGUAAUAUUCGGGGAGAUUUUUGGCUGGGAAAUGAAAACAUCUACCGACUUUCCAGACGGCCCACUGUCCUGCGAGUGGAGCUGGAGGACUGGGAUGGGAACAUACGCUAUGCACAAUAUAAGCAAUUCACCCUGAGCAAUGAAUUGAACAGCUACCGGCUCUUUGUGGGGAACUACACUGGCAACACAGGGCGUGAUUCCCUGAGGUACCACAACAACACAGCCUUUAGCACGAAGGACAAGGACAAUGACAAGUGUGUGGAUGACUGUGCCCAGUUCCGGAAAGGUGGCUAUUGGUACAACUGCUGCACUGAUUCCAAUCUGAACGGGGUUUACUACCGCAGAGGAGAACACACCAACAACAUGGAUGGCAUCACCUGGUACGGGUGGCACGGAUCAACGUAUUCCCUCAAGAGAGUUGAGAUGAAGAUCCGGCCAGAAGACUUCAAACCAUAGAGGGAAGCAGUAUUUCAUUGUACAGUUACAUGAACAGGAGGUGGGCAAUGGACAGCUCAGAAUCAGCCAAGUAAUUGUUCAUUUCAUCUAAUGUGUGCAACAGCGACAGUACACGUACACACAGCAACACUAAGCACCAGCCAUAGCCACUCGUGUUACUGGGGCUCAAACUUAAUUCUUCCUCUUUUUCCAAAGGGAAAAAUACUGUGUUAGAAUAGGUUAGAACAGAAAACACUUACAGUACCUCCAGAAAAUCUACUGGUGUGUUUUCAUUAGUAUUGUGACUAGUGAGUUGCCUUAGUACCAACCAGCCAGGCAGCGACUGAAAACAGAAAGCCUCCUUGUUGCCUUUCCUUCACUGUCAAUGUAAGUGUCAAUAGUAACUCCUUCCAAGAGGGACUCAAAUCACAAGGAUCACAUACUUAUUUCAGACCAGAGGAAUCAAUCAGAACUGUCCCUGAUGCACCUUUCUUGAGUGUAUAGUAAGUGACAAAAUGAAGCUCAAAAGUUUAGGAUUAAGUAGUGUUGCCUAAGUUGUCUCUAGAAGUUUUACUGCCAUGUCCUGCUGCUGUCUCAACUAAGUCUCCACAGAGGACUGCACUCAGCAGAUGGUAACCCUGGAAAAAGUAUUUGUCCCAUAUGUUCUGCUUAUUCCUAUCCACAAAUCACCAAAACAGGUUGAUAAACAAGAAAACAUCUUUCUGGACUGCCAUGAAGUUACACUCAAGUUAGAAUGUAAAUGUGCUACAAGUCAGUAAGACUAAGAGAGAACAACAGGUUAGCAAAAAUAUCCAGAACCAUCCACCCAGCCCAAAAACUCAGCUCCAACACUUAAAACCACUAUAAUAACCAUGAGCAAAACACUAGUACACACCAGAGAAUCCACAAGUAUCAAAAGUUAUUCAGACAUGAGGGAAUGUUUGCUUGCAUAUCAUGCUGAGGAAUACUAAGUCUGUUCUGAGGAACAUCCCAUUUACAAGUUACCUAGAGCAAAAUCAGUUUGUUUCUCCCUUACAUAACACAGUGUUAAAAACAACAGUUAAAACAGACUCCUCUUGUAGCCAUACUGCUUUUUGAAUAUGUUGGAAAAGAUAGUAAUAGUUAAUAUCUCUAUUUUUGUUCACCUUAAGGAGAGUUUUAAUCUAAUUUAAAUUGUUCAGUCUUGUGUGAAAUGGGAAAUAAAAGUGUCUUGGGAAAUUGCCUUGCAUACGUUUGACCAUUCAUACUGUAAAUUUCAAAUGUGCAGAACUAGAGUUGGAACUAUUUUAAC